GGGAGAGAGCUGUGCUUUGAGUUUUGUUGAUUUUUUCGCUCUUUUUUUGACGUUGGAGAUUAUUUCUUUCGGAGACUUCGUGACCAUGAAGUUUUCUCCGAUUCUCUUCCUAUGUGUUUUGGUGGAAAUAUGGACGAUAGCUAAUGCUAAGAACUACCCUCAGCCGGAACCUAUUAUAAAGGUAGUACAUAAAGAAGUACCUGUUUAUCACAAAAUAGCGGUUCCGAAACCGUACCCGGUGCCCAAGUACAUACCAAUUCCAAAGCCAAUUCAUGUGCCGCAUCACGUGCCAGUUCCCUUUAGGGUACCAGUCGUUAAAACAAUACCGAAGAUUGUGAACGUUCCAAAGGCUAUUCCUGUACCCAAGAUCAUUGCUGUACCGAAGCCUGUACCUAUUGGUGUACCGUUCCCAGUGCUGAAGACAGAAGCUGUGCCCAUCUACAAGCCCGUACCCGUACCGAAACCGGUGCCAGUGCCUGUACCUGUAAAAGUACCAAAGUAUAUACCCGUACCGGUUCAUAAAGUGAUUAAAGUGCCAAAGCCGUUCCAUUAUCCUGUGAAAGUGCCUGUCUACAAACAAAUCAUCGUGAAGAAAAAAAUAGAAGUACCAGUUCCGUAA